AUGACUUCCUUGCUCUCGCGCAUCCUUGACUGCGGGCCAAAGCGCGUUCCGUCACCAAUUGUGUCCACCGAUGAAGUCCUCCCAUGCCACCUCCUUGAUGAUACAUUUGCCCUACGUGGCUACACAUAUAUGUGGAUGUUCCACUUCGCAGAUGUGCUGGACCCCGACAAGCUUCACCUCGCGCUAUCUCAACUUUUUGAGAUGGAAGGUUGGCGGCGCCUUGGAGGAAGGAUACGACUUGGCCCCAAUGGCAAGGCCGAGAUCCAUGUUCCUCGCGCCUUUACACCGCAGCGACCGGCAGUUCAUUUCACGAAAGAACAAUACACAAUUCCCAUGUCCGAACAUCCACUAGCCUCCAGACUACCCCGAGCCGGCGAUAAGCCAGCAGUGGUCCCCAACGCAAGUGAAUUCCAAAACUUGGGCGUAGGUCCAGGUGCCGCGCGCUGCUUCGACGACUUCAUAUACUCGGAUUUGCCACAGUUCUCCCUGCAUGUAGUAACAUUCGCCGACGGUACACUUGUAUCUUUGGGUCAUAGCCAUGUGACUACCGACCUGGGGGGCGUCGCUACUAUCCUCUCAGCCUGGAGCCUGGUGCUGGCCAACCGCCCGGGAGACGUGCCACCAUUUGCUACAUACCACGACGACCCCAUGGAUCAAUUGUGCGGCCCCCAGGAUCCGCCUGCCAAGGAGCAUGUAUUGUCUGAUAUUAUGCUCACAGGCUGGCGCCUAGUACUUUUUGGUUUGCGGCUCUUGUUUGAGUCCUGGUGGAACCCGCCGGUAGAAGCACGCACUAUCUGCGUUCCACACAAGACAAUAGAUGCCAUAGUGCAAGAGGCACGUAAUCAGCUGCCGCACCUUGUUGGCGGCGAGAGCGAGGGCGCCGUGAAGAGGGAGAAAGCUUUUAUUAGUGAGGGAGAUGUUCUCGCGGCACUGGCCACCCACAUCACGUCGCGAGGACUUCCAAAAGGUUCAACACGUCGUGUCAUGACUCUAAUGGUGAUUAAUAUGCGCACCCGGGCUCCAUCAGUGUUUUGGCCUAACAUGUCGUACGUGCUAAACGCAUCGUCGGCUAUCUUUUUAUCUUCUACAGCUAAUCGUGCGCAAACCAUGUCGCUUGGAGAGCUGGCUUCUGAGUCGCGAAAUGCUAUCACAGAGCAGGCUACCGAAAGUCAGAUAAGAGCUCUCGCCUCCAUAGGACGAGAUACAAUGCUAAGAAGGGGCCGGGAACCGGUAUUUGGUGAUAUCAAUAUGAAAUUGGCCAUGAUCUCAAACUGGAGCAAAAUCCGUGUUAUAGAUCAAAUUGACUUCGGCCCGGCCGUGUUAAAGUCAACGCAGAAUAAUUCUGAUGCGCGAGGAAAGCCUAUCUUUUACCAUGCUGAUAAUGGUAAGCAGAGCGGUGGUUUUAAUAUGCCUGUUUUCAUCGUUAUGGGCAGAGAUAGAAAUGGAAAUUUAUGGCUGAGGGGAAACCUACCAACACUUAUGUGGUCGGAUCUGCUCGAAUAUUUGAACAAAGUUUGA